GCCAGAACUGUGUUUUGCUCAUUGUUAUCGUUUAUACGAUGGUGUUCUGAUGUCCUCAGGUUGAAGGGAACAACUUGUUAUCUAUAGGGAAUGUCAGUUCAUGAUUUCAAGAAGCAUGGGAAAGACUUGAUUGAUUACAUAUACCACUUCAUGAAGACUAUAAGCUCAAGAAGAGUCAAUUCUGAUGUAGAACCUUUUUAUCUUGUAAAAUUACUCCCGGAUGAAGCACCUCAUGAACCUGAGGAGUGGGACAAAAUUAUGAAAGAUGUUGAAGACAAAAUAAUGCCUGGGGUCACACAGUGGAAUCAUCCCUAUUUCUUUGCUUAUUUUGCAAGUGCAAAUUCAUAUCCUGGGAUUCUUGGAGACAUGUUAUCAAGUGCCUUAGCAUGUCAAGCAUUUAACUGGUUUGUGAGUCCAGCAUGCACAGAACUGGAAAUGGUUGUCACUGACUGGUAUGGUAAAGCACUUGGGUUACCAAAGUCAUUUCUCCACUCCAGCGGACCAAAAAAGGGUGGUGGUUGUGCACAAAAAUGUGACCCUGAGCCUGAGGUCACAGCUGCAAUAACCGCAUCAAGUGCACAGAUCAUACAGUGCGAACAGUACAAGGAAGUACCAAGUAAACAACCUGCUGACUCUGAAGCGCAACACCGUGCUGAAGGAGGAAAUAAACAAGCAUCACCACCUCGCCACAGGACAACACAACAGACAACACACCGGAGCCAAAUAUUGACGACUCGCAAGCCACCACCAUUGCGCCAGACGGCCACCGUUGGAGGCAGCGACCGAAACUAG